AUGCAGCGCAGCAAUCCGCUGCGAGACCCUUUCGCCAACGAAGAUGAUCUGACCGGUCCAUCAGCACGACCGACACGGCUACCGGGGUCGAACGAGGUAGCAGGUGCAAGCGCUGGCUCGGCCGUUGCUCCUCGCUCUCUCGGUCUCUCGCUGGGCCUGCCUCGAAGUCGCAUGGGCGCCAGGCGUUGCCAGUCGGACGAUCCAGCUAGCAGCGCCGGCGACUCACGAAGAGCAGACGAGGCCGUCCGUAACACCGACUCGGAUGCGCUUCUCUCGCGUCUUUCGGCGCUCAAACUUGGCUACUUGCCUGCGGAACCCUUCACGCAAGAGUUUGCCACCUCGUCAGCAUCGAAUGGCGGAGAAGCAGCAGGUCAACACGGCUGCCCGAGAUCACAUCAGCCAGAAGCCCCUGCGAGGAGGUCUCCGCUCAUCAACAUUGGCACCUAUCUGCGGUGCACUGCUAUUGAUGCCGAAGUGGAAAGCUUCCUGACGCAAGGAGAAGGGCAAAAGCAGAUCAUCUCGAUAGGGGCUGGAAGCGAUAGCCGCUACUGGAGAAUCAUGUCAAAUCCAGACCUCUCGAAGCACCUGCAUCACUACGCCGAGAUUGACUUUGCGGAGAACACGAAUCACAAGCUCACUCGCAUCUCGAAGAGCUCCAUAUUGCGAUCGUCUCUGGACCCAGAUUCUAGCGUCCAUGGCGGCUCGCUUACGAAUCUGUCCGAGCAAGGCCAACAAAGAGAACCACAUCAGGGCUCGAAACGGUUCGACGUGCUUCGCUCUUCCAAAUACUCGUUGCUCGCUGCAGAUCUUCGCUCUCUCCACCCAGACACUGUCGCAGCGGAUCGCAUCGACGUUGAGCACCUGCUUGGCCCAGAUAGCACUGGGCUGCAGUCGGAACUCCCGACGCUAAUCCUCUUUGAAUGUGUGCUUGCUUACAUUGCCCCGGAGGAAGCAGACCUGCUGAUUCAGCUGCUGGGCCAGCGGUACGCUGAUAUUAGUGCGGUCAGCUACGACAUUGCGCUUGCUGGCGAUGACAACACAAGAGCAGCUCCGUCAGCCGUAUCACCCUCCAUACCGCCAUCGCGGUUUGGCAGAGUCAUGCUGCAAAAUCUCGAGAUGCGAAAACUCUCACUGCCGGGAGCAAAAGCAUACCCAACAAUCAACGCGCAGAGCCAACGGUUCGCGCAAGCAUGGUCUUCGGCAUCCAGUGGCCAAGCGGCACCGGUCGAGACAUCUGGCAGAAGCCUAUUCUCGAUCUGGUCGUCCCUGGAUGCUGGUCAAAAGUCCAGGCUCUCGAGACUCGAAGGACUCGACGAAGUGGAAGAGAUCGACAUGCUUCUCAAGCACUACUGUAUCGUCCGAGCCAGGCGAAUGCCUCGAUGA